AUUUAUAGCGGGGUUAACUCCUGACUUACCGACCGGCGGAGCACUCUGCGACAGCUUCCCAUUGUGAAAAGGUGUAUCGCGGUCGCAGCACAAAUGGGUUCGAGAAUGUUUUCUCUGCUGUGCGUGCUUUUCAUUGGAUGUCUGUUGGAGACAUGCUCUGCAGGUCCCGUUAUCAAGAAAGGCAAGCAGCCUGGUUUGAGUGCGAAGCAAACUGUGCAGGAGUUUUUCCUUUCUGACUGGGGAAAAUGUGAGCCCCUGAAGAGCCCUCUGACUUUACCGGAGGUGAACAACCCAGCUACAUGGGCAAGGUGUCAGAAACAUCUACCGCAGCAUCCAAAGGACAUUGAGGAAUAUCUUCCCAGGCUGAGCCGCUGCAUGUUAAAGAGCAUCGGUUGGGUACGCAGCAAUGGCAACAUGAAUCUCGGCAAAUACUUGGAGUACAUCGAACGUCUCGGUAUGGAAGAACAGGUUAUGAAUGGAACCCGUGAAACCCACACUGCGUGCGUCUCGAAAGCGUACAAGGAAAAAGAUUACAAGACACAGGACAAAGUCUACGUAGAGUGCAUGUUUAAAUUCUUCACUAAGGAGUGUGGCCCAAACUUCCAAGGAGCAGUGAAAGAAGGUUACAUCGUUGGCAUCACACAGAUCAGCUUCAUGCCCAGGUACGGUCCCUUGGAAGUGGUUGACGACGUAGAUGAAGGAAAGUUGGUGGAUGAGGUAAAACCAAUCGAUGAAGCACCAACGCAAGAUGAACCGAGACAAGACGAGCCAGUGCAAGACGAGCCCCGUGAAGACGAGCCCAGCCAAGACAAGCCCGUCGAAGACGUUCACCCCCUCGACUGAACUGCCGCGCGCUGCUUGCACUCCUGUUUUACAAACACUCGAAGCAUUCACGAAGCGCGCUUCCAUCACGAUGAAACAUAGAAUGUCCCGCAGAGUUCGAUACAUAAUUUUAUUCAACUCAUUCAUGGCGUCUCCGUAAUAAGCUUUACAAUAAAGACACGUUGUGUUAACAGA